AUGGGUAUCUUUUCGUGGCGUUCUUCCGCGCAGCGGCAGCAGCAAAAGGAGCUGCGCGCACUGCAGCAAAAUGUUGCAGCAGCAAAUGCAGCAACACCUGAUGCGUCUGCUGCAGCACAACAGGCCCUAGCAGCAACUAUCCCGAGGCCUUAUGGGUCUACUUCAAAUCGUGAUCGUGUAGCAGCAGCAGCAGCAGCAGCAGCAGCAGCAGGAGCUGUUGCUUCUGCUUGUGAGGAUCUUGGGAGGGCGCGAGCUGUUGCACAGGUGCUGGUGCAGCAGCGACUGCUGCAGCCAGCUGCUGCAGCAGACAGCAAGCUUCUUGCGCUGCUACUGUUGCUGCAGCUGCUAGAGGCAUCAAGUUACUUCCGCUUAGUUGCUGCAUUGCUGCCAGUUGCUGCAGCACAGUCUUCGCUGCCGCGCAGCAGCGGCCGCAGCAGCAGCAGCAGAGGUGCUGCUGCAGCAUUAACAGCUUCCCUUCCGUUAAGUCAAUGGCUGCAGCAGUUUGCUGCUCUCGUGCUGCUGCGGACUCCUCGCCCUGUGUCACGGAGGAAGCAGCCGCUGCAGCAGCAGCAGAAGCAGCAAGCACUAGCAGCACAAGCACGUCUAAAGGUUCUUUUCCCUGCAGGGACAACAGAGGCGGAGUUGUGCUGCUGCGGUUCUCUUGCUGCUCGGUGUAUAUACACUGCAGCAGCAGCGGCAGCAGCAGCAGCAGAUCCUCCCGCGCUGCAGCACGAACUUAAGAGAUCUGCUGCAGCAAUGCAUGCAUUAGGCAUAGAAACGUCUCCUUUGCUGCCUGAGGGAGAGAUUGCUGCUGUCUGCGGCUCCUCUGCACAGGUGCUGCUGCAGCAGCACCAGCAGAUGCUGCUGCGCUGCAGACAGGAUACGCUGCAGAUUACCAACUCCCCACACCAGAUGCAGCAACAGCAGCAGCUGCUGCUGCAGCAGCAACAGCUGCAACAACAGCAGCAGCAACAACAGGGACGCAGCACACAGGCUAACACUGUAUCAUCGAGUGCAGCAAUCGAUAUGCACAUUGCUGAGGUCCUCUCGAGCAUGGAGUUGCUGCAGGAGUUGCUGCAGCAGCCAACAGCUGAGGGGAUGGUUAUGAUUGAAUCUAUGAAGGAGCAGCUGCUGCAGCAGCAGCAGCAGCUGCAACAAGACGCAGCACAAGUUGUUGAUGAAGGCCGCCUUGAUCGCUUUGCGGAUUUGUCAAAGGUGCUUGACAACGUGGAGACAACUCUGCAGAACGUGCAGGCGGUGCGGCAGCAGCUUGAGCAGGAGCAGCAGCAACAGCAGCAGCAGCAGCAGGAACUCCAACAACGGCAGCAGCAAGAGCAGCUGCAACAGCAGCAGGAACAACAGCGGCAGCAGCUGGAACAGCAACAGCAGCAACAGCAACAGGAACAGCAGCGGCAGCAGCAACCGGAAUUGAACCAACCGAAGGACGAAGGUGGUGCUGUAGCUGCAGCUGCACCAGAAGGACCAGCACCACCAGCACCACCAGCAACAGCACCAGCAGCAGCAGCACCAGCAACAGGCCCCAUAGCAGCAGCAGCAACACCACCACCACCAGGAACAGGCCCCAUAGCAGCAGCAGCAGCACAGGAAGACACGCAAACAGCUUCUUUAUCUCUCUUUCCUUCUGAUGGCCCCACAAGUAGCACAGAUGUGCGUACGCCUCUCCAUUCAGAUCCAAUAGAGCUGGAGUCUCCCGCUGCAGCACCAGCAGCAGCAACACCAGCAGCAGCAGCAGCUGCUGCUGCUGUUACGACUCCAGCUGCAGACGAGCUUAUGCUGUUCCCGCUUGCCGAUGAGCCAGUGGAUACAGCGCAACAGCAGCAGCAGCAGCAGCAGCAGCAGCAGCUUCAAGAGACACAAUGGGCACAGCCUCAGGAGGUGCAGCAGGAGAAACAGGCCCCAGAGCAGCAGGAGCAACAAGAGCAGCAACGGGAGCAGCAGCAACACAAAAACGGGGAGGGGAGAGUCCCGGCUGACGCCGUUGCUGCAGUUGAGGAGAACAAGCACAGCAGCCCCAGCAGCAAGAGCUCAAGCAAUAAGCGCAGCAGUCGCAGCAGCAGCAGUCGCAGCAGCAGCAGCCGGAAGGAAAAGCGCAGCAGCAGCAGAAGCCAUUCAAGAGAUUCUAAACGUGUAGAGGAAGCACCAGCAGCAGCAGCAGCAGCAUUUAAUGUUGACGAGAUCUCUUUUCCUGACCCUGCACCGUUGCCAGAAGCAGCAGCUGCUGCUGCUCCUGAGGCUGCUGCUGCUGCAGCAGCUCCACCACAAAGUGCCGCAGCUCUAGGUACGCAUGAAGUGCGCGGGGCCUCCUUGGAGUUUGGAGAGAACGAAGGUAUGGAAGCAGCAGCAGCUGCUGCUGCUUCUCACAGCAGCUGGAGGCACUUAGGUGCGGCAGACCCUGCAGGAGAGCAGCAGCUGCAGCAACAGCAACAGCAGCGGCAGCAAGCAAGCAACAGACUUAGCAGUGCUGCUACCGCCUUCGAGGAUUUUGGGGCUUUUUCCUCCGCCCUUUCAGACAGUGGCUCUGAUUUUUCCCCUCCUGGUCGGCAGCAGAAGCUGCAGCAGCAGCUGCAGCAGCAACUGCAGCAGCAACUGCAAGAGCAGGUCCAACAGCAGCAGCAGAACCAGAAGCAGCAUGACAGCAGCAGCAGCAGCAAACAAAAUUCUAUCGAGGAACCCGUCUGGCCUUCGCCCCCUGGCUGGUGGCCCCCAGAGCCGUUCCUCAAUAGUGCGUCUGUGUGGGGCGGGCCUGAUGCCCAGCAGCAGCACCACCACCAGGAGGAGGAACAGCAAUGGCAGCAGCAGGAGGCAAAGGAGAAGCAGCAGAAGCAGCGACACCAAGCUCAAGAGGGCAUCCAUCCUCUGGGGAGUCCUUUAGAGAAGAAGGUCUCCUUUUUAGAUUCCUUGGCCGAAGGAGAGAGCUCGGAUGCAGGUUCUGUUGCUGCUGCUCGCAGCAGCUUUGGGCAGCUGCAGCACGAACUGCAGCAGACGCUGCAGCAGCGGGAGGCGGAUGCGGAGGAAGGGGUAUCAAGCAAGGAGACAGCAGCAGAAGACAGCAGCAAAAGCGAGGAGCAGCAACGAGGAGCAGCAGAACUACGUGAGGAGGUGCAUCAGCUGCGGCGGCAGCAGCAGAAGCUGCAGCAACAGCUAGCUGCUGCUGAGGCUGAAGCAGCACAGACAGCAGCAACUCUUGCUGCUAGUGAGGCCGAGCGCGAGGUGCUGCGGGAACAGCUGGAGGAGAAGCAGGAGCAGCUGCAGCAGCUGCAGCAGGACCUGAAAGCUAGCAAAGCAGCACAAAAAGCAGCAGAGGAUUCCUUAGCAGCAACGCAGCAGCUGCUGCAGCAGCGAGCAUCAGCAGCAGAAUUAGCCAAGGAGAUGUGGCUUAAAGAAAGCGAGAGAGCCUCCAAGCUAGCCGAUGACCUAGACAUUGCUGAGCGGACGAUAGCGUUGCAUGAAGAAACAAUUUUAAAUGGCACUGAAGAGCAGCGGCGACUGCAGCGGGAGCUGCAGGGGCUGCAGCGGCUGCUGUAUACAACACCUGCUGUUGUGCAGGCAGCAGCAGCAGCAGCAGCAGCACCAUCAGCAGAAGGCAAAAGGAUUGAUGACCGUCACAAGCAACAGCAACAGGCAGCAGCAGCUGCUGCAGCUGCGGACAGGUCGCUGUCUCCAGGGCGCUGCAGCACCGCAAGCUCUUUGCCUAUGGGCUUAGGCGGUGAUUCCCUUAGGGGCGCGCGCAUCACCGGAAAGCUGCUGCAGCGCCAGCACCAGCAGCAACUGCAGCAGCAGCAGCAGCAGCAGCAGCGGAUGGUGGAUAACCUCUGCAGCAGCACGGCAUGCGUCGAGUCUGUUGCAGACACAGUGGACGAGCCGCUUGCUUCAGGGGACGGUCCCGUGUGGCAUUCAAAUCAACGCGGACUCAAUACGGGAUUGCAGGAUUUAGCAGCAGCAGCGUCUGCAUCAGCAGCAACAGCAGAUGCUGUCUGUCCUUUGCCUCACGUUGCUGCAGCCAGAUGCAUGGACACAGGCUUCUUGCCGCUGCUUCUCACUGACAGCGGCGUGCUUCUAGAGGACGAGACCUUGCAGAUCGGUAUACAGAAGGCAAUAAAGGGUUUAGGGGGUCGCAUUAGUAUUUACUUUGGCAACAAGAGAAGCAGCAUGCUGCAGCAGUUUUGCUGCGAGUUGCUGCUGCCGCGGGAGGGAGGGCUGCUGCUGGAGCCCGAAGAUCCGCAGCAGCAGCUGCAGCAAAUCAGAGGAAGGGAGCAGGUGGCACAAAUUGUGGUUGCUGCUGCUGCUGUUGUGUUGUUUUGCUGCAGCAUUUGCUGCUGCAGUGUGUUGCACCUUUUGAAUACUGCCCAGUUAUGCGGGUCUCCUUUUUCUGCAUGUGUUCUUAACCUCCAUUCGCAGCUGCAAGCCUCAAUGCUUGUCCUUGUCCGCCGCCUCCAACUCGGUGGAGCUCUUGCCUUGUGCGCUGCAGCAGGUGAAGGCCACGCACAGACAUUGGCAGUUGCGGGCAGCAUGCAGCAGCCUCGGGGGCUGCACAUGCAGCAACAGCAACAGCAGCCGCAGCAGCGGGAGGAGGGGGAAGAAGAGCAACAGGAAAGGCAGAAGCAGCAGCAGCAGCACUCCUUCGAUCGCCUAAUUGUCCUUGCCCGGCUUGAGCUGGGAUCGGGGGUGCAUCAAGGCCGAGGGCGAUUGGUGGUGCGGGCUAAUGACGGCGUGCUGAGUGCUGCAGUGCGCUCUGAGCUGUAUGCGCAGCUAUCGAGGGCCCCCGUUGCCUCUUGA